GUGAUGGAGGAAAACAAAACCCAGGUGACUGAAUUCAUUUUCAAAGGAAUAACAGAUCGUCCAGAGCUUCAAGUGCCCCUGUUCCUGGUGUUCUUGUUGAUUUAUGUCACUACCAUAGUGGGCAACCUUGGGUUAAUCUUUCUCAUCUGGAAGGACCCCAACCUUCACACCCCCAUGUACCUGUUCCUUGGAAAUUUAGCUUUGGCAGAUGCCUGUACUUCAUCCUCAGUGACUCCAAAGAUGCUCAUGAAAUUUUUAAAUAAGAAUGAUAUGAUAUCCAUGGGUGAGUGUUUUGCCCAAUUUUACUUUUUUUGUUACAGUGCAACCACAGGAAUUUUCCUACUGGUAGCAAUGGCCUAUGACCGCUAUGUGGCCAUAUGCAACCCUUUGCUCUACCUAGUGGUGAUGUCCAAGAAACUCUGUAGUUUAUUAAUCAGUAUAUCAUACAUAAUUGGAUUUCUAAACCCCAUAGUUCAUGUAGGAUUAUUAUUUAGGUUAACUUUCUGUAAGUCCAACAUCAUAGAUCAUUUUUACUGUGAAAUUAUGCCACUCUAUACAAUUUCUUGUACUGAUCCAUCUCUUAAUGCAUUAGUGGCUUUCAUCUUUGCUUCUUCUAUACAGAUUAGUACUUCUGUUACUAUUGUGGUCUCUUAUGGCCGUGUCUUAUUUGCUGUUCUGAAAAUGAAGUCUGAGAAGGGCAGAAGGAAAGCCUUCUUCACCUGCAGUGCCCAUCUGCUCUCUGUCUCCUUGUUCUAUGGCACUCUGCUUUUCAUGUACGUGAGCCCUGGUUCUAGAUCAGGUAAACAUCAAGAUAAAAUGUACUCACUCUUCUACACUAUUGUAAUUCCUCUGCUAAAUCCCUUUAUCUAUAGUUUAAGAAACAAGGAAGUCUUAGGUGCUCUGAGAAAACUCAUGAAAACAUAA